UCGGGGCCGGAACGAGUAGCUGGCCGAGGCGCGCCGCGGAGAGCCGGCUGUCAUGCCCUAUUGAUCCCCCGCCCCCCGCCAAGUAUGUUUGGGCUGGACCAAUUCGAGCCCCAGAUCAACAGCAGGAACGCUGGCCAGGGCGAAAGGAACUUUAACGAGGCCGGACUAAGCAUGAACGCCCACUUUAAGACCCCGGCUUUCCACGCAGGGGGACCUCCUGGCCCCGUGGACCCUGCCAUGAGCGCGCUGGGCGAGCCCCCGAUCUUGGGCAUGAACAUGGAGCCUUACGGCUUCCACACGCGUGGCCACUCGGAGUUGCACGCCGGGGGGCUGCAGGCGCAGCCGGUGCACGGUUUCUUUGGAGGCCAACAGCCGCACCACGGUCACCCGGGAGGCCACCACCCCCACCAGCAUCACCCCCACUUUGGGGGCAACUUCGGAGGCCCGGACCCAGGGGCCUCCUGCCUGCACGGGGGUCGCCUGCUCGGCUACGGCGGCGCAGCCGGUGGCCUAGGCAGUCAACCGCCCUUUGCGGAGGGUUAUGAUCACAUGGCUGAGAGCCAGGGGCCUGAGAGCUUCGGCCCUCAGCGACCCGGGAACCUUCCGGACUUCCAUAGUUCGGGCGCCUCGGGCCACGGAGUGCCUGCUCCUUGCUUGCCGCUGGACCAGAGUCCUAACCGAGCGGCCUCUUUCCACGGCCUGCCGGCCUCCAGCGGCUCCGAUUCGCACAGUUUGGAGCCCCGGAGGGUGGCGAAUCAAGGAGCCGUCGACUCUCUGGAAUACAAUUACCCGGGCGAGGCGCCCUCAGGACAUUUCGACUUGUUUUCACCCUCAGAAUCCGAGGGGCAGCUGCCUCAUUAUGCGGCGGGCCGCCAGGUUCCCGGGGGCUCUUUCCCGGGUGCUUCGGCCUUGCCCAGAGCUGCAGGCAUGGUGGGCUUGUCCAAAAUGCAUGCCCAGCAGCAGCAGCAGCAACAGCAGCAGCAGCAGCAGCAGCAACAGCAGCAGCAGCAGCAGCAGCAACAGCAACAACAGCAGCAGCACGGUGUUUUCUUCGAGAGGUUCGGUGGGGCCCGAAAGAUGCCUGUAGGUCUGGAUCCGGGAGUAGGCUCCAGACACCCAUUAAUGCAGCCUCCCCAGCAGGCCCCUCCGCCCCCUCAGCAACAGCCCCCGCCACCACCGCAGCAGCCGCCUCCGCAGCAGCCGCCCCCUGGGCUUUUGGUCAGACAAAAUUCGUGCCCGCCUGCCCUCCCACGGCCCCAGCAGGGCGAGGCAGGCACACCCAGCGGAGGUCUGCAGGACGGGGGCCCCAUGCUGCCCAGCCAACACGCGCAGUUCGAGUACCCCAUCCACCGGCUGGAGAACCGGAGCAUGCACCCUUACUCCGAGCCUGUGUUCAACAUGCAACACCCCCCUCCGCAGCAGGCACCCAACCAGCGGCUGCAGCAUUUCGAUGCCCCCCCCUACAUGAAUGUGGCCAAGAGGCCACGCUUUGACUUCCCGGGCAGCGCGGGAGUGGACCGCUGCGCUUCGUGGAACGGCAGCAUGCACAACGGCGCUCUGGACAACCACCUCUCGCCCUCGGCCUACUCGGGCCUUCCCGGCGAGUUCACGCCGCCUGUGCCGGAGAGCUUCCCCUCUGGGCCACCCCUGCAGCACCCGACCCCAGACCACCAAUCUCUGCAGCAGCAGCAGCAGCAGCAACAGCAGCAGCAGCAGCGCCAAAACGCGGCCCUCAUGAUUAAGCAGAUGGCGUCGCGGAAUCAACAGCAGCGACUGCGCCAGCCCAACCUGACCCAGCUAGGCCACCCGGGUGACGUAGGCCAGGGCAGCCUGGUGCACGGCGGCCCGGUGGGCGGCUUGGCCCAGCCGAACUUUGAGCGCGAAAGCGGCGGCCCGGGCGCCGGGCGCCUGGGCACCUUCGAGCAGCAAGCACCACACUUGGCGCAGGAGAGUGCGUGGUUUCCAGGUCCGCACGCGCCCCCGGGUGACCUGCUGCCCCGCAGGAUGGGUGGCGCAGGUCUGCCAACCGACUGUGGCCCGCACGACCCAGGCCUGGCGCCGCCCCCUCCUCCGGGUGGCUCCGGGGUGCUGUUCCGGGGCCCUCUGCAGGAGCCGCUGCGGAUGCCCGGAGAGGGCCACGUGCCCGCCUUGGCCUCCCCCGGUCUGCAGUUUGGGGGCAGCCUGGCCGGCCUGGGACAACUGCAGUCUCCGGGGGCUGGGGUGGGACUGCCCAGCGCUCCCUCUGAGCGCCGCCCUCCACCGCCGGAUUUUGCGGCGCCCUCGCUCGGGGGCCAGCCGGGCUUCCCAUUCGGUGCGGCGAACCGUCAGGCCACGCCGCACAGCGGCCCAGGCGUGAACUCGCCUCCGAGCGCGGGCGGGGGAGGUGGCAGCACGGGCGGCGGCGGCGGCGGCGGGGGUGCCUACCCGCCGCAGCCUGACUUCCAGCCCAGCCAGCGUACCUCGGCCAGUAAACUGGGCGCGCUCUCGCUGGGCUCCUUCAACAAGCCCAGCUCCAAGGACAACCUGUUUGGUCAAAGCUGUCUGGCUGCUCUCUCCACCGCCUGCCAGAACAUGAUCGCCAGCCUCGGGGCUCCCAACCUCAACGUGACCUUCAACAAGAAGAACCCGCCCGAGGGCAAGAGGAAACUGAGCCAGAACGAGACCGAAGGCGCGGCAGUGGCCGGCAACCCGGGCUCGGAUUAUUUCCCCGGAGGGGCUGCUUCUGGGGCCCCAGGGCCGGGGGGCCCUUCUGGGACUAGUGGCAGCGGUUCUAAAGCCUCUGGGCCGCCCAACCCGUCCGCCCAGGGGGACGGCACCAGCCUCUCCCCCAAUUACACCCUGGAAUCAACGUCGGGGAACGACGGCAAGCCAGUCCCCGGGGGCGGUGGCCGGGGCCGGGGUCGCAGAAAAAGGGACAGUGGUCACGUGAGCCCCGGGACCUUCUUUGACAAAUACUCUGCAGCUCCAGACAGCGGGGGUGCGCCUGGGGUGAGCCCAGGGCAACAGCCAGCGCAAGGCGCAGCCGUCGGGGCAAACUCCACCGGAGAGGCGCGCGGGGCACCGACGCCUCACGAGAAAGCGCUCACGUCGCCCUCGUGGGGGAAGGGGACCGAGUUGCUCCUGGGGGACCAGCCGGACCUCAUGGCGACCCUGGAUGGGGGACCCAAGUCGGAUGGUAGUUCCCCGCACGUGGGCGAGUUCGCCUCCGACGAGGUGAGCACGAGCUAUGCCAAUGAGGACGAGGUGUCAUCUAGCUCAGAUAACCCCCCAGCCCUGGCCAAAGCGAGUAGGAGCCCCCUGGUGACAGGAUCGCCCAAACUCGCUCCCCGUGGGAUGGGCGCAGGGGAGCACGGACCUAAGGCGCCCCCGCCCCCGCUAGGCCUGGGCAUCAUGUCUACCUCUACCUCCACCCCUGACAGUUAUGGCGGCGGCGGGGCCUCGGGCCAUCCGGGCACGCCCGGCCUGGAGCAAGUCCGGACCCCGACGAGCAGCAGCGGUGGCCCACCACCUGAUGAGAUCCACCCCCUGGAGAUCCUCCAGGCACAGAUCCAGUUACAAAGGCAGCAGUUCAGCAUCUCCGAGGACCAGCCCCUGGGGCUCAAGGGUGGCAAGAAGGGUGAGUGCCCUGUAGGGCCCUCAGGCGGGCAGAAUGGUGACAGCGAGCUGGGCAGCUGCUGCUCAGAGGCAGUUAAAAGCGCCAUGAGCACCAUUGACCUGGACUCGCUGAUGGCAGAGCACAGCGCCACCUGGUACAUGCCUGCUGACAAGGCCUUGGUGGAAGGUUCGGAUGAUGACAAGACGCUGGCGCCCUGGGAGAAGGCCAAACCCCAGAACCCCAACAGCAAAGAAGCUCAUGACCUCCCUGCGAACAAGGCCUCGGCCACCCAGCCUGGCAGCCACUUGCAGUGCCUGUCCGUUCACUGCACAGACGACGUGGGUGACGCCAAGGCCCGCGCCUCCGUGCCCACCUGGCGGUCCCUGCAUUCUGACAUUUCCAACAGAUUCGGGACGUUCGUGGCUGCCCUAACUUGA